ACAGGUUUGUUCAAGUCUUCACAGAUUAAUGUAUAUACUUGUACAGUUGCAAUAAAGGAGGUAUCUUAUUUUAAUCCCCCCCCACCGCCCCCCCCCCAUACACGCACAAAUUACAGACGUGGAAAAGAGGAAGAAUGCCCAGCAAGAGAAAGCAGAAGGGCUCUGCUUCACUUGCUCUUCAGAGACUGGACAAAUGAAGAUACUGAGCUGAGUGUCCUCCCAAACAAAGCCGACACAGGAACAAUGAACACGACCUCCGCGGUGCUGAAGGGCCUCAAUGGGUCUGAGCAGUGUGUCCGGGACACCCGGGUGGCACAACUGGUGUUCCCGGUCCUUUACACCGUCCUCUUCUUCUCGGGCAUCCUGCUCAACUCCCUGGCCCUCUGGGUGUUCCUGCACAUCCCCAGCUCCUCCACCUUCAUCGUCUACCUCAAGAACACCCUGGUGGCCGACAUGGUCAUGACGCUCAUGCUGCCUUUCAAGAUCGUCUCGGACGCUCGCCUGGGCCCCUGGCAGCUCCGUGCCUUCGUGUGCCGCUUCUCCGCCAUCAUCUUUUACGUGACCAUGUACGUGGGCAUCAUCCUGCUGGGCCUCAUCGCCUUUGACAGGUUUCUCAAGAUCCUCAGACCAUUUGGCAAGUUUUUUGUACAAAGACCUGCUUUUGCGAAAACGGUCUCGGCCCUCAUCUGGAUCCUUUUGGUCAGCCUCUCCCUGCCAAAUGUGAUCCUCACCAAUCGGGAAGCCACUCCAUCCUUGGUGAGGAAGUGUGCCUCCCUGAAGGGUCCCCUGGGUCUGUGGUGGCAUCAGCUGGUCAACAAUAUUUCCCAGGCUAUCUUCUGGACUGUUCUGGUCUUGAUGCUCCUGUUUUAUGUGGUGAUUGCAAAAAAGGUGUACAAUUCCUACAGAAGGUCCAAGAGUAAGGACAGCAAAAACAAUAGAAGGCUGGGAGGUAAAGUGUUCGUGGUGGUGGCUGUCUUCUUUGUAUGCUUUGCCCCGUUUCACUUUGCCAGGGUUCCUUACACUCACAGUCAGACGAACAAUAAGACGGACUGCAGGCUGCAGAACCAGCUAUUCAUAGCCAAAGAAACCACCCUCUUCUUGGCAACAACAAACAUCUGUAUGGACCCCCUGAUAUAUAUUUUCUUAUGUAGGAAAUUCACAGAGAGGCUGCCGUGUAUGAAGUGGAGACAGAGCACAGCCUCGGGCCAGGAAAACCACAGCAGUCAGACAGACAACAUAACCUUAAGCUGAGAAUGUAUUUUAGACAUGGUCAAUUUUUACUUACCAACAAGGCUUCCAAAAGUAAUUUAGAUAUCGGAUUUAAGCAAGAAGAAGGAAAAAAAAAAAAAAAAGAUUGAAGCAAAUGCCUUAACACACUGUAUUAUGUGAAAUCAUUUGAGAACACAGGUGGGGGGAAAAUGGCCACCAGAGGUCAUCUUUCCCAAGAAUGGUUACUUCUAUCUUGCAGAAGAUUUUAUACAGAUUCGUAAGAUGUAAGUAUUUCCUAAAACCUCUCCUCUGCACCUUCCUUUCAAACACAAGAAUACUUUUUUGUACCCCACAAAUGCUAACGCUUGUUAAUAUAAUAGUAACAACAACAACAAUAAUUUUUUUAUUCCUUUGUUGAAAGCUAAAGGAAGGCAGGGGUUGAAAGAGACACCAGGGCUGGGGGAAAAAACACAGAAUGGUUAUGCAGAAGAUUUUCAUCCUUGAGACUCUGAGGUCUUAGAGUUCAUUCCCCAGCACCACCAUAAGUCGGAGCUGGGCAGUGCUCUAGUUCAGAGAUAGAAAGGGAGGCUAGAUCAGUGGCGUAUGGAACUUAAGGGGCUCAGGCAGCCCUGCUGAGUUUGGAUGGAGUUCCUCUUCACAGGGAUGAAAGAACUCUGUAGCUGUCACACCACUGCAAGCCCGACCCCUACCAUAAAGGACUAUACGGUACACUCUGGUUUCUCUUCCGGUUGUGUAAAUCUUUUCAAAGUUCCUAUCAUGUGGCAAAUACCGGGCUGUCAGAAAAGUUACGACUUAUUUUUCUCUCUGUCUCCAUGUAAAAAUGCAUCAUGACUUUUCCAACAAUCUAACUUCUCUUGGGUUCUAAGUGUGUACAAUUCAAGAGCAAGAGUACUGUAUCACUGUUUAGACCAAUCCUUGUAACAGCAAAUGGUGUAAUGGUGGCUGAAUAUGCCACCUACAGAGCAAAACCUUCCUGGGCUGCUGCCACCAUAUCUCUCUCUCUCUCUCUCUCUCCUCCCCGCUCUCUCUCCUUCUGCCCUGCCUCUCUUGUUGGAAAUGACAAGCUCCCCCGCUGCCUGUGUAUGUCCCAGCCUCUACAGAUCUACCCAGUUUUUUUUUUUUUUUUUUUUUAGUUUUUUUAUUAUCUUUAUCAGAUAGACAGCGAGAAAUUGAGAAGGUAGGGGAGAUAGAGAGAAGGAGAGACACCUGCAGCACUGCCUCACCACUUGCAAAGUUUUCCCUCUGCAGGUGGGGACCGGGGGCUCAAGCACUGUAACAUGUGAACAAGGUGUGCCACCACCCGGUCCCUUGAUCUACCCAGUUUUAUUGGGACUUACUCAGAAGUUGGUCCAGAGUGUGUUUAAUAGAGUAUGUCACCACUGUGCCGUUCUUGGAAAAUAUACAAGCAAAAUUGCUGCACUAGAAUUAACAUCCACAAUGGGAAGUUUUUCAAAUAGUGACGAAAUUUAAAGUUAUUUAUCUUCACAUUCCCCCCCACACACACACCUGAUUCCUUUGUAAUUUAAAAAGUUUAUGUUUUUAUCUGGACUUAUUGAUGCUGAUUUGUAUCUUCCCGAGAAAAUUCACCAAGGAGCAGGUGGGCUCUGUCAACUGUAAGGAUGGUUCCAGCACCAUCAUCCAAGGUGAAUCUAGGCAUUUUCUGUGACCUCCAAAGGUCCUGGAACUUUCCUAACUGCUUCCCUAUCCCUGCAACAUCUACUCUUAUAUAAAUCAGCAAGUGUCAGAACAUGUCUUGCCCCUGCUCUGUGCCAUGUGCAUAUGAAUUUCCCUCUGACUCACCAAGAAAACCCCUCUCCAGCCACAGAACGCUAAGAUGACAUCACUUAGCCCUUGAAAUCUGGCCAGGCCAGCCUCCCCCACCACCCCAGCCCCUGUCUCACCUGUGUGGCAUCACACCCGGACUUGCUGGACUCUCCUUGCUUGUAGUUACAUGUAGCUCUCACAUGUAGCUACUCUUGUAGGAGCCUAUGUUUACAUUUCUGGGCAGAUACUGUGUCUCAUGAUACAACCAAUAAACAUUUGAUAAAAUAAUCAGGCUGGCCUUUAUUUUUACAGACUAGAGAGAAAGGGUAGCCCAAUCUUCACAGAUGUCAAUUCUUGGAAGGUAAAAGUUCCUUGGCAGCUCAAAUGCUUCUUAACUAAAUGCUUCUCCUGUAGCAGGCACACAGGGGCCUGGAAUGUGGGGGUGAAGUGAGCAGGAUCACCAGGCUGUGUGAGCACACUGAUUUAGGGUCAGUUCAAAGGUAUUGAACUUUAGUUGUAAACUAUUGUAAACGCUUUAGUUGUUAACUAUUGCCUUGAUGUGGUUCUGGGGAAUAAACCAAUGGCUUUGCUUGUG